CCAGGCCUCUAAAACAUGCACCACACGAACCUCCUUGGAGGUCCGUGUCGCCCUCUACAAUCAGCACAAAGAAACCACGCUCCGGGACAUGGUCGCGAUUGACCACUUUAGCGAUACCGUGCCGCCCUCGCUCGUCGAUAAGUGGUUGCUCGCACUCGACCCGGACCCGUCACAUACCUUCGCACUCCCGCCCGAGGUGAAGGGUUUCUACGGCGGCGACCUGCGCGCCUCGAUCCCCAUCGAGCUCGCGCACGACUGCUACAAGUACAUUGUGCACGAGACGCAAGACCGGACCAAGAUCGUCAAGUAUGCGCGCCGCAUGCUGCUCGCAAUCGGGCUACUAGACCUCGAUGCGCUAGAGGCGGGGGAUGUAAACCUCGCGGGGCUGGCGCUGUGGCAUAGGGCGUUGGCGCUGGUGAGGAUCGCGGAAGAGGAUGAUGGAGGACAGGAACUGGCCGAGACGCUGCGCAGGUAUGAAGGCGUGAGAGCGAGGAGCGCGCUCUCGGACGCGAAGCUGCCACAGCCUGGAAGGUUGAAGGCUCGCCUGCUCGCAUCGGCAAAAGAAUUGGAUAAUGGAACCGUGGUUUCGUGCCUGGAAGCAUGGACGCUGCUUUAGAGCGAGACCAACUAGUUGUCGACUUGGGUAAUACUGCUAUUGCUGGGGACACUAUUUUCUUGGAAAUGCCUAAUGUUUUGUUUCUGCCCGUAGCCUGUGCCUCAAUUAUUCUGUAUACAAUCUAUAUUUGCUCCGCCUUGG